AUGACCACCGUUCAAACAUCUGAUUCAAUCACACCAAGUUCUUCUGGUAUGUCAGGAAGUUCGUCCGCAAUGCUAUCAAGUUCUUAUAUGCAACAGAGCACUGUUUCCAUGUCAUCCAGCUCUUACAUGUCAAGCAGUACUUCUUCAAUGCCAUCCAGCUCUUACAUGUCAAGCAGUACUUCUUCAAUGCCAUCCAGCUCUUACAUGUCAAGCAGUACUUCUUCAAUGCCAUCCAGCUCUUACAUGUCAAGCAGUACUUCUUCAAUGCCAUCCAGCUCUUACAUGUCAAGCAGUACUUCUUCAAUGCCAUCAAGUUCUUCGAUGCCUGCAACAACUGCGACCAUGUCAACUAGCUCUCGUACAUUUCCAGCAAGUUCUAGUGCGAUAUCUCCAACACCUGCAUCCACCGCAACGAUAUCUGCUACUACCACGGGAAGCACUGCUGCAUUAGCACCAAGUACCGGGUCCACUUCAACUAGUGCAGCAUCUACUCGAGGAGUCAAUAGUUCUGUUGUUUCAACAGCUGGAAGUACUUCCUCUAUCAUAGCAACUACUACUCAACCAUUUAUGACCAAAAAUCAAGAAUUUCAAUUCAAAAUCCAAGGAACUUCAGUGUCAGACUUUAUUGGAAACAGUAGCAUGGAAGAAGCAAAAGAUGCCGUGACGACGACGGUAUCAAACAAGUUAAAUAUCAAUAAAACAAGGAUAGAGCACCUCACUCUUAAGGAUGGUUCCAUCAUAGUCACGUUUCAAAUCACACCUGCCUCUUCAUCGUCAGAACCGACGAUAAGCGAGGUGGAUACUCUACUCCGAAAUCUUAUACUCAGCGGUAACCUCACCCUUACUAACCCAAACGGAGAAGUCUUUACUGUGGACCGAUCAUAUUUUGUGUCAAGAGUUGUCGAUGCUGAUGGCGAUGAUGAAAGAAGACGUGACCUGGUGCCGGUUAUAGUAGGGUCGGUAGUAGGGGUCUUUUGUUUGGCUCUGAUCUUCAUCGUCAUCGUCGUUAUCAUCCUGAAAAAGAAAAAACCUACAAAACACAACUCUUUUGUCUCGCCAUCAUCAAGCAACGGCAGAAGGUCACAAUCCCCUUAUGGCAACGGGACAAACGACUCCCUUUUGCCGGAUAAACCUGGUAUUGAUAAGCCAUAUAACGCUGGAACUCAACAGCCUGUGCCUGAAACAGCUCCCGGUACGAGUUCCCGUCCCGGAUCUGAAUCACAAAAUGAAAUGUUCGAGACUAAUGAAAUUGUCCAGACUGACGACAUUGUCCUGACUGAUGAAAUUGACCAAACUGAUGAAAUUGUCCCGACUGAUUGUCUAGACUAA